UCCAGUAGGAAUGGGGGAAAAAAAAAAUUGUAUUUAGUAUUUACUGUUUACAUGAUCGUGAUAUAAUCUUACUAUUACGUGGACUUCCUGUAAUAUUGAAAUCAAUGUGAAGGACGUAAUUGUUUAUAUAGUGUAACAAAAUUAUAUUUGUAAAUUCUAAAUAAUGAAUGUCCUCGAACCAGAGUUAGUUUGGGUAGACGGUCGAUGUUAUAGACGCUUUGGAAAAAGGGAAUCAAGUGAUCACAAUAUUUCUCCAUACGUUGAGGAUGAUGAUGAUCUUGACAUUGAAGAUGUGGAAGAAUAUGAUGACCCCGAUAUUGAAAUUGUUUCAUAUGGGUCAUCGAGAUUUAAACAUACUUUUCAUGUAGCAAAAGCAUUUUUCCCAUUUAUUAUUGGAAGCAAACACUUAAUGCGUAAAAAAUUAGAAGCUGACACUAAAACAAGCAUACAAAUCCCAAAAGUAGGUCAGGAUGGUGAUAUUGUGAUAAUUGGAUUCCAUCCUAAAGGAAUAAUAACUGCACGUCGUAGAAUAGAUAUGUUAAUAACUGCAGCAAGGAGAAAUCUAGACUAUACACAUUUUUUAUCUAUACCACUGAACGAAGGUUCUAUAAUAAUGAAAUAUAUGGCAUUUAAGAAUGAUGUUCUUAAAAGCUCAGAGAAAACAUCUAGGGGUGUAGAUGAAACAAUCUUCCAGAUACCAAGUAAAUUGCAUAUUACUAUUGGGAUGUUAAAAUUAUUUGAUGAUGCAGAAAGAGAGAGAGCUACCCAAGCUUUAGACUAUUGUAAAGAGCAUAUUAUAAAGCCUGCGAUGGAAAAGUAUGGUCAAAUUCAUAUAUGCUUAGAAGGACUUUCAAUAAUGAAUGAUGAUCCGACCGAGACAAAGGUUCUGUAUGCAAGAGUAAUUGACGAGAAUAAUUCUUUGCAAGAAAUAGCAAAUGAAAUUGCCAAUUAUUAUGCCAGCAUAGAUUUAAUAGACAGAAAACGGGAAAAUGUUUUGUUGCAUAUAACACUUAUGAAUACGAGAUAUAAAAAUAAAACAGAAAGAGGACCAUAUGAAACAUUUGAUGCAACAGACAUAUUGAAAGCCCAUGAACAUACUAAAUUUGCAGACACUACAUUAAAACAGAUUCAUAUAUCACAGCUCCACACAGACUGCAAUGGAUAUUAUGCAGCAACAGCAAAAAUUAAUCUAACUGAGGGCUUUUGAAUAAUAUCUGUCAUAUUAUUAACAUUACAAAACAAUUACAUUAAAGACUAUUCAAUUAAAAAGUACAAGAAUAGAUAAAACAGCCAAAUCUUCUGCAACGUUCUCUUCAUUGUACAUAUUUUUGUACAUAUCGGAAAUAAAAAAAUUAUAGGCACAACA